UUUAAACAUCUAUAAAAAGGGCUCGUCCUUUGCUAACAGUAAAACCUUCAUUGCUCUUUUCUUUAUACCUUUUGCGCCUAACCUCCCAAAACAAUGUCCCCAAGCCAACAACAGCAGCCUCAACAAGAGCAACACGAAAUGGUCUCCACCUCGGCCUACCCUACCACUCAGACCAUGACUCCCAACACUACUCAGGAACAUGUCCCUACUCAGCAAGAAGAGAGCUCUUCGAUGCUUCGUCUUCGCGGUGGUGGUUGCGUUAAAGAUUGUUUGGCCGCUAUUUGCUGCUGCUGUGCUCUUGAAGCCAUCUGUUGCUUUGAAAUUGAUGAAAUUUGCUGCUAAAAACGAAAGAAAAAUGGCCAGAGUCGGUCUCUCUCUCUCUCGCUCGCUGGCGUUGUCUGUGAUCAAGUACAAAUAUUAUUCCUUACCUUAUACUUUUUGCGUAACAUCACCCUUUUUUCUCCCGAUUUAUAUAAAUUUUUCUCUAUUUUUACCAUAACGGGCUUAUUUUCCUUGUAUUACCUUGGCGUUUUUCUCUUUUUGAUGCAUGUCAUGUUUCUCUUCGGAAUAAAGUUGUCGCGUUUAGAACAAAAACGCCAAGCAAAAAAAUGGAUACUAAUGCUUAUAGGAUAGCACUGUUGAUGUAUGAUGAAACAGAGGAGGAAGAGGAUGCAGGCGAUAUUGUGGCGAUUGUGGAACCCUGUUCAUCAUCACUCUCGGAUACACACACUUUAUUCUCGCCUUAUUGCAAGCUUUUCCUAUUACCCAAUGCAUGUAACAUUUAUUGAUGGCAUACUACUUGGUGUGUUUUAAAAAUAUAUGGAAGCUUAAGGAAGAUCAUUU